AUGGAUGGAAAUGGGACUCCUCCGGCGACUCCGCCGUCGCCUACGAGCCCUCCGCGGCCUGCGCCUCGGUAUCUAACACGUGAUACCUCUGCCUCUUUGUCUUCGGAUCCUCCUCUUGUAAUUUCAGCGCCUAUCGAUCAGCCUCCGACUCAUGAACAACCUUUGUCGCCCAUGUCGGCAUCUGUCUCGGCCUCCGCCGUCUCUGCGUCCGCCGUGUCGGCAACAGAAAUGUCAGGCCGCUUUCAUUUCGCUGAGAUGAGCUCGUCAGUCGACGCUACACCGGCGCCGCGGUAUCUUGGACGCUAUGGGUCCGUGACAGAUGAUGCAGUGGGCGUAGAGGACGGCGACGACGUAGAAGCAGAACUGCGGCGCAUGGCCCAGCGCCAACUGCCCCGAGGAGACUUGGGUCGACGAGAAUGGAGACUUGACAGUUUCAAUCCAAUGGAGCAAGGGUCGCAUGCCGUGAAGCCGGACGGACCGCCGUCGUCUCCCAACAGCAGCAGUAGAGGCUCCGAGAUCAGCAUUCGUAGCAGACGGUCUGGCAUACAAGUGCCCACUCAAGCGGUACUGCCACAGCCGCCGGCAUCUCCGCCCAGCUCAACGCGCUCUGUUGCUUCAGCUUCUGCGUCUGGGUCUGCGUCGGCGUAUUCGCAGUUCCAGAGACAGCAACACGAGGAGCAGCAGGCCUUUUCCGGCGCAGUGGUGUGGGGUACCAACAUCAGUGUGUCGGAAAGUAUGGAGUUGUUUCGAGCCUUUUUGCACCAGUUCCAACCGGAAAACUAUGGUGCUCAGGAGGAGCCGUACUAUGUCAAGGCACUAAGAAGAUUGGCGCUGACGCAGUCACUGGUGCUAGAUCUCGAUACGCAGCACCUGCGUCAAUUUCGUGGUGCAAGAAAGCUGUAUAACCAGUUAAUUUUGUUCCCGCAGGUGCUGAUUCGCAUCCUCGAUAUGGUUGUGACGGAAGAGUAUCAGGCGUUGUUAGCCGGCCCUGGAUCUGGAGCGGGCGCUAUCGACAAUCUGGCUAAUGUGGCUUUGCAAGUACGACCGUCUAACCUGCGCGAACUAUCGUCAAUGCGUCACCUGAAUCCGUCCGAUAUUGACCAGUUGGUGUGUAUAAAAGGAAUGGUCACUCGUUGUAGUGGGGUGUUGCCAGAUCUGAAGGAGGCAUUCUUUCGCUGCGCAAUGUGCCAUGCUACGACACAGGUAGCUCUGGAUCGUGGACGGAUCGAAGAACCUACCAGUUGCGCACACUGUUCCUCUCGGAUGAGCAUGGAGAUGAUCCAUAACCGGUGUGCUUUCACGGACAAACAGAUGAUCAAAAUGCAGGAGACGCCCGAUGCUAUUCCUGAGGGCGAAACACCCUACACAGUCCUCCUGUUUGCGUUUGAUGACCUCGUGGAUGGUGUACGUCCUGGUGACAAGGUGGAGGUAACGGGCAUUUACCGUGCAGUACCGAUGCGUUCAAACUCGCGCCAGCGUGUGGUCAAAUCUGUAUUCAAGACGUACGUGGACGUUGUGCACUUUCGUCGCGUGGACGAACUUACCCGGCGAGAAGAGGGUGAAAAUGGCGAAAAUCUCAACUCCGUUGCCGUUGAGGUAGAGGAGGUUGAGACCAGCGCGAUAGGACCGGCAGAUUUUGACGUUGAAAUGCCAGAUGCCUCCGAAGAACAUGAAGAUGCCGCUACUGCAGCUGAUGCCCAACAGACACGCAAGCUGGCAGCUUUUCGCCGUAUCGCAGCACACCCUCGAGUGUAUGAGAAUCUGGCUCACUCGUUGGCACCGUCUAUAUGGGAGCUGGAUGAUGUGAAGAAAGGUAUCUUGUGCAUGCUUUUCGGUGGCACUCGCAAGGAUGGAAGUAGCGGCAGCGUGAACGAAGACGAAAGGGAACAUGAGCAUGGCGGUGUGGCACCCAAGCGCAAGAGUAUGCGCUCUGACAUGAACGUGUUAUUGUGCGGAGACCCUGGUACAGCCAAGUCACAGUUGUUGUCGUACGUGCACAAGCUGUCGCCACGGAGUAUAUACACGUCCGGCAAGGGUAGUUCGGCCGUCGGUCUAACGGCUUCGCUUAUCCGUGAUAUGGAGACAAAUGACCUCGUGCUUGAGUCAGGCGCUCUGGUUCUAUCUGACGGAGGCAUCUGCUGCAUCGAUGAGUUUGACAAGAUGAGUGAUUCUGCUCGCUCUGUGCUGCAUGAAGUCAUGGAGCAGCAGACCGUAAGUAUUGCCAAGGCUGGCAUCAUUUGUUCCCUCAACGCACGGGCAUCCAUUCUAGCGUCCGCCAACCCCAUCGAGUCUCGCUAUAAUCCGAACAAGUCAGUGGUGGAAAACGUCAACAUCCUUCCUACACUGUUGUCACGGUUUGACCUCAUCUACCUCAUUUUGGAUAAGCCACAACCGGAAUCAGACCGUAAAUUAGCGAAACACAUCGUCGCACUGUACUACGACGAGGAAACACGUGUGCGUGCGCAAAACCGAGGUGGAGAGGCUGCACCUCAGCUUAUUAGCAUGAAGCUGCUGACUGAAUACAUUUCAUAUGCCAAACGGAACUGCUAUCCACGGCUUUCAGCCGAGGCUCGAGACGCCCUCAUCCGGGCAUACUUGGACCUUCGAAGAAUGGGUGGUGUCAGCGCUGCAUCGGCCAAAAAAAAUAUCACGGCAACGCCUCGACAGCUUGAAUCGCUCAUCCGAAUCUCCGAAGCGCUGGCAAGGUUAAAGCUGUGCGAGACCGUGACGCGAAGUGAUGUCGAUGAGGCACUGCGCCUUAUGAAUGUGGCAACGCAGCGUGCAGCAAUGGACCCGCGGACGGGCACGAUUGAUAUGGAUAUGAUCAACACUGGUCACAGUGUGCUAGAGCGUGAAUUGUUAGCGGAUCUAGUUACUGGACUGAAGGAGAUUUUGGGCGAGGCUCCGAACCAGUCGAUGACUGUUGGCGAAACCCGUCGACAUCUUGAAGAAAAACGCAAGAGCGAAGUCAAAGGUAGCGAAUUUCAAAUGGCGCUGCGUUCGCUCGAGGAUGAUAGCCUUAUUCAAGUCUCUCAUGGCAUGAUCCGCUACUUUGGUGAUCCGGCAGAUUAA